AUGAAUAAUUAUUACAUUGAAAUACUCCAUUAUUUUGGAAAAGUCAAGUCAAUACCGAUCGAUUUCAUUAGAAAUUUGAAUAAAGAUGUUUCCAACCUAUAUGAACUGUUCCAGAUGUUUGCUUAAAUGUUUGAAGAACAUCCAGAAAGUCCAGAUCUAAUUAUCCUAACCAUUUCAUUAUCUUAAGAUGUUCCUCAUUUUUACUGUGUGCAAUCAUUAAAUAAUUUAACAGUGUUGCUUUUCUAAUCUCAUAUGAUUGACUUAGCUAAAAAUGUAGCAAAAUUUAACUUGAAAUACUUUGAAUAAGACAUCCCAUAACUACAUAUCAUCUCACAUUUGAACCUAGCCAGAAUAUAUUAUUUCUUGUAAGAUUUCAAAAAAUGCCUCUCAGUUACAGAAAAGGCCUUAAUUCAUUAUGAACCGUAUAUUUUCAAAGAAAUAAAAAAUUCUUGCAAACCUAAAGAUAUUGUUCUACUGCUUAAUGGUUAUAUUUUCUAUGCAAAAACAGUGCAAAAUUUAUAGGUUCUUGGAUUUUGUUAAGAUUUAGAUUUUUAAUAAUUUUUUAUAAAUGGAGCCAAACUUGGUCGAAAGUAUUUGGGACCAUCACAUCAUAUUACAAAGCUAUUUUUAUUUAGCGAAAGAGGAUCGAAUAUGAAAAAAAGUAUGAAUAACUUUAUUCCUAUGAAAAAAACAAUAGGCAAAAUAUUGAAUACCUAAAAAAUUUGUAUCCAAGUACACUAGUUACUUAAGUCGUUAAAAAAUGGGAAAGCUCCUCUUUUUAAAAAUCCAAGACAUAUUGAAAGAUCUAUAAGUGAAGCUUAAGGAUUUAAAACUUUUAAACGUCCUGAUUCAGUCAAGCCCUAGUCAUAAAGACAUGAACAAAUUCAACUGUAAAAAAUCUAACAGACUAACAUUCAAAAAGGAAGUUUUAGAAUCCAAUCUCCUAAGUUAAUUUAAAGCCAGUAAGUAUAACCUUAGAAUGAUCUUGAAUCAAUAAUAUAAAGGAAAAUAGAUACUUUUAUGAAAUCUUAAAGUUAAAAGAAAUAAGAACCAAAAAUUGUUGAGCUAGAAAAAAAAAUUGAUGAAUUAACAAAAGAAAAUAAAAGAGUUUAGAAUUAAAGAAAGGAGAGAGAAGUUGAAAUUGAAGAAUUAAAAGAUAAAAUAACUUCAUUAAGUGCAGAAGCUUCAAAAAUAAAAUUCAGACUCUAGGAACAAGAGACAGCAUAAGAAAAGAUGAAAUAGUUAUAAUAGCAACAAUAAUAACAAUAACAACAACAAUAGCAAUAAUAAUAAUAAUAACAAUUAUAAUAAUAAUAACAAUAAUAAUAAUAGCAAUAAUAAUAUUCAUAAAUUUCAACCUAAUAACAAUAAAGUUCUGAUUCCUAAGCUGCUAUAAUGUAAGAAAGAAUGAGCUUUGGUGUUGCUUCAAAUUAAUCUUAAAAAAUUUAGAAUUUACAAAUAAAAAAAUAAGAAAGACAAAGUACCAUUGAUAUCCAUAACUUAAUUAAUGGAUUAGUAGAUCCAGAUGAACCUAAAAUUAAUAGUAUAUCUAUGAUAAAUGAUACAGAUUUCACAUUAGAUUUGAAUUUAACAAUAUUAGAUUAGAUGGAUCAAUCUAAAUAAUAUAGCAUUAAUUUAACAACAGAUCAAACAAUUGUAAAAAAGGCUUUGAUUGAAAAUGUGUUAUAUGAAAUAUCUUGCGGUGUUGUGUAGAAAAACAAAGAAUUAUCUAUUAAGAUUUCUUUAAAUACCAAAAAAGAACAUUCAACUGCUAAAAUCGAAUAUGUUGAGUUAUCAAUAAUAAAGGAUUUAAUAUAAUUCAUAGAUUAUAAGAAUGUAUUGCCCUAUACUUAGCAACUGAAAUGCAUUACAACCUUUAAGUAAUUUAUCUAAUAUUUGAUAAUCCCAUUCAUAUCAAUAAAAGAUGAUGAAGGAGAAUAAAAAAUAUCAAUAUAUGCAUAGCCAUAAAGUUUAUUAAAUGAUUGUGAAAAGAUUUAAUUGUGUGACGAAUAAUGCAUUCCAUUGUUGUAUCCCUUAGAGGAUGGAAUAUUUCGAUUAAUAUUAAAUACAGUUGCUAUAGAUUUAUAAUUCGAUCAAAGCUCUUUAGAUUAAUUAUUUGAUAUUUAUGGCUAAGAUGAUUAUGAAAGAGAGGAAGUUUAGGAAAUGAUAAGGAUAUAAGAUAACUUAGAAAAAUCGAAUGAUACAGUCAAGCCAAAACAUAAGGUUUACAAUAUUCGAAGUUAUAUUGUUAAAAACUAAUAAAAAUUGACUUCUUUCUUAUAAAAAAUUGGUAAAUGA